AUGGCAGAAGAACUGGGCCUUAUGCACGACAUCUCAUCUUUUCUUCACCAACCACUCACAGAGAGCCUGCUCUCUGUGCACCCCAACCAGCUGUGCUCUCCCUCUUUCGACAUCCCGUCGCUCUGGAUCUCUUGGUGGGAUUGGGCCGGUGAAACCCAAGUUGAAAACAACCUCCUGCCUGAGCAUGCUUCCGCUCCAACUGUGCCGAAAUCGCUGGUUCUCCUGCGUUAUUAUCUCUGCGGAUCCGAUCCCAAUAUCGCAGGAAACUCUUGCAUCCCAUACGAUUUGAGGAUCUUGGUGGAUGAGGCACGCCGAUUGCAAAUUUCUCGCCAGACUGGUCUCGCACGUCCAGCUCUAUGCACUGGAAAUCACGAAGCUAAUGAUGCAAAGACAGAGCAUGGUGGUAGUGGCUCAGACGAUGGACCUGGAGUUGCAUUUUUGAGCUUCCAGGACCAGCGUUUGCGUGGCAUGUCUCCAAAGAAAGCGCACGAAGUCCUGAGGAUGACAGAGUGCAUCUCAAGACUAGUCUCAUCUUGUACGAGACUGGGAAACGUCAGGCAUGCAGUGGACAUUGGUGCCGGUCAAGCAUACCUGUCUCGCCAAUUGCGAGAUGACAUGAGCAUGCGUGUGCUUGCUCUUGACUGGAGCGACACGCAGACCAAAGGCGCUGCGAGACGGGAUGAAGUGUCCCAAAAUACUGGACACCCUCAGAAGGCAGCAUCUGAUCCUGCCGCAAGUGCCGCAUCUCGACCGAUGUGUGGUAAAGACUUGCUGACAUAUAAAACAACCAGAAUCACCGCAGAUUCCCUUUUGAAAGUCACGGACGAGUGGAUCAACGACCAAGUGCUGGGCAACUCAAUACCUCAUCUACAUGUGUGCAAUUUAGAUGGAACACAAUCUGAUCAGGAGCCGGUCCCCGUCUUUCUGGUUGCGUUGCAUGCAUGUGGCUCCUUGACCCCCCAUAUCUUGCGGGCGUUCCUAUCGUCAUGCAGAGCUGACGAUACCACAAGAACGUGGGUGUCUAGUGCAGCAGUCAUCGUUGGAUGCUGCUACAACAUGUUGGAUCCCAAGGAUUUCCCUCUAUCGGACGCCUUGACGUCGUCCUCCCAGACUGCACAAGUGGUGCUCACGCCCAGUCACCUCCAGCUGGCCGCACAGGUUCCUUCGCAGUGGCUGCGUACCGAAGAUACAUUGAAUGCUGCGAAGCUGGCCAUUAAAAAGGUCGUGUGGAGAGCGUUGCUCCAGGGCAUGCUGGAGAAGCGAAGAGCUGAGACUGGUUCACUUGACAUGCAUGAAGGCCAACGCGAGACUGCAGGGGCUGGUGCGGGUCCGCGACGACUGGGAAGACUGAAUAAUUCUGUAUACGUGGACUGGGGCAUCUUUCUCGCUCAGGCUAGCUCAAAGCUUGGUGUUGACCUCGCUGAGUCCGAGGGGAGAGAUAUGGCCAUAGAGAGCCGUAUGGAAGUCUUCCACGUGCUGCGCUGUAUCCUGGGCCCCGUAGUGGAGAGUCUCAUCCUACUGGAUCGUCAGCAGUACCUGAAGGAGAAGCUGCAGGAUACAGAGAUGGACGUGCGACUAGUCAACUUGUUCGAUCAAGCAUCUGGGAGUGGUCGGAAUGUUGCUAUUGUGAUUGCCCCUAGGCUUGCAGAAGGAGUGCUUCCAUGGCCUUGA